CCGCGUACGAGUCCGACGAGGAAAAUACUCGAGUACGUGGUUCUCCCCAAACAGGUGCACGACUUUGGCGCAUUUAAACGUCGGUCGGCGUCCGCGGCAGUUCAGAGCAGCACGGAACUGAUCGAGGCGGACCUGAGUGAACUGUGCCGCUGUAGGAGUGGGUGGACUCAACCGUUUGUCGGCGAACUGCGCGUUGCGAAAAGCGAGACGGCAGUAAUCGUCCGGUGCUCGAAAAAUUCAGCGGCGGCCAGUAGUCUCGCCGGACGACACGCACGUAAAGUAACGGGACAGUGAAGGUAGAGGGGGUGAUAAAGUAUUGUACAAUAUAGACCUGUCGAAACGCUCGCCGAUUUGAAUCACUCGCUCCGCCGGUGAUCUGUCGGCUCUCGCUGAUUCAUCCCGAAUCCACAGGGAGUGGAUCAUCGUCGUCAUCGUCAUCAUCGUCGCUUCCCUGUGACGUCGGCGAAUCCACGUCUCCGUAAGUGAAACCGAGUGCUGUAUACCGGUGCGACUCAUAUUUACUAACGAGCACAGGAUUAUUCCGUAUCCUUGGUAUAUGUCGACGAAGAAGGAAACACAGAACAAGAUGCAAACUAAACAAAUCUUGAGCGUGUUUCACCGCGUGAUCGAGCUGAUUGCGAGAGGAAUAUUCUUGUUCGUCGCCUAUGUGAAAGGACCAGCGAAAAUCCAACCGCCGAUUAAAGACUUAACUUUGCUGCACAGCGCAUCCGCUUUGGCGUUAAAAAUUCGAAGUAAACAAUUAACUUCGGAAGAUGUGGUAUUUUCGUACAUAGAAAGGAUAAAGGAGAUCCAACCGAUGCUUAAUUGCGUGGUCAAAGAUCGUUUUGAAGAAGCUCUUAAAGACGCGAGGAAAUGCGACGAACUGUUGAAAUCUCAAGAUGCUCCGUCAGCGGAAUUUUUGGAGAGAGAGAAACCAUUGUUUGGUGUACCUUUUACGACCAAGGACUGUAUCGCCGUCGCAAACAUGUGUCAAACGGCUGGUCUCGUUGCACGCAAAAACAUCACCGUCGACAGAGAUGCAAAAGCAAUUGAAUUAAUGAGGUCAGCCGGAGCCAUUCCUCUGGCAUUGACAAAUGUUUCAGAAUUGGCGAUGUGGUGGGAGAGCAGCAAUUGCCUGUUCGGCACCACUAAGAAUCCCUACAACACCAGGUGUAUCGUGGGUGGUUCCUCGGGCGGCGAAGGUUGCAUACAAGCGGCUGCUGGAUCUCCGCUUGGAAUUGGCUCGGAUAUUGGUGGCUCUAUUCGUAUGCCGGCGUUCUUCAACGGCAUAUUUGGCCACAAGCCAUCCAAAGGAGUGGUCUCCAACGAUGGUCAAUAUCCCAGUGCACACAGCGACGACCAAGAUCAGUUACUCGCCAUUGGACCAAUGUGUAGAUACGCGCAUGAUGUGACGUUGACCUUGAAAAUUCUCGCAGAUAAGAAAGCCGAUCUACUGAAGCUGGAUGAAAAAGUAGACAUUUCGCGAAUUAAGAUUUAUUACAUGGAGGACGACGGUGGUCAGCGACUAAUCUCACCCGUUGACCCUGAAAUAAAGGCUACUAUGAAAAAAGUGUUGAACUAUUUCGAGAAAGCGCAUAAUAUUAAAGCCACUAAAAUAAAUGUCAAAAAGUUAAGAAAAGGCUUGGCCCUUUGGUUGGCGAAUAUGACGUGCAAGGACGACAAGGACUUUUCGUACGAGUUAACCAACAGGCAAGGUCACAUUAACAUCGGGUUAGAAUUCAUCAAAUGGGUGCUCUUUAUGAGCAAUCACACUCUAGUCGCACUUUUCACUGCCAUGUUUGAAAAAUGUGGCAUGAAGUACGGGAGUGAGGAACACGUGAAGCUCAUGCAAGAGAGCAAGGAUCUCUCUCAGGAAUUUAAAGAUAUUCUCGGAGAAGACGGUGUCUUUUUAUAUCCGACGCACCCGACCGCAGCACCAAUGCACCACGAACCGUUGGUCAAGCCAUUCAAUUUCUCCUAUACUGCGAUCAUUAACGUAUUAGGCCUACCGGCUACGGCUUGUCCGUUAGGUUUAAACAAGCAAGGGCUUCCCAUUGGCAUCCAGGUCGUAGGGGGACUUUAUCAAGAUCAUCUGACGCUCGCCAUUGCCGAAGAAUUGGAACGAGGUUUCGGUGGCUGGGUACCGCCGGCAAUAGUAGCUUAACGACAGUACCAUCAUAGACAAUAAUUCAAUGAAUGACGUUUGCAUUAAGCCUCAUCUUACCGAACCCUGCCAACUCUCACGUGAAAUAUUAUACCGAAGUUUGUAUCGAAGAGGUUUUUCCACACAAAUGCGGGUGCUACCGAGGUAAAGUACAAACUCAUAUAUAUGGAGAUGCGUAACAUGCAUUUAAUACGAAAUAUAUAAUUUCUUACAAUACUUGAUAUAUUCCGUAACUCUCAUAAUACGUUUACGGUUAUUACUGCAUUUACGGAGGCCCGAGGAAAUAAUUGUAUAGAAUAUCAAGAUGUGUCUCUUCUUAAUCGUGUGAGUGUAUUUGUUUAUUAAGAACCCUUGAAAUCGCGAGCGAUGUUAACAAGCAUUACUGCAUUGCUAAUGUGAUUGUGAUCUGUACUAGUAUUGGAAAACAGUGUGAUUCAAUAUAAAAUGCUAAUUUCAGCAUGUACUUGUAUUCUUAUAUAUAAAAAAAAAAAAGGAUAAAUUCAUCCUCGAAACAAGAAAUUAAAUGUGUGUGAGAGGAUAUUUGUAUAUAAAUAUACUCUUUCUCCAGUUAUGUGUUGAAUCGCAAUAUUUAUAUAUAUAUAUCACACAGCAUCUAUAUAUAUAGAGGGAGAGAGAGAGUUUUCUAUUUUCAUACGUAACAUAUAUGUGAAAUCAUACACAAAUGGUAGCAGGGUGCUUUUGGUAAUAUGAUAAGACAUUUGAUGUUAUUUAAAACAUGUAUUGAUGUUGAGAAUUUAUAUAUAUAUACACAUAUAUUUUAUGUACCGAAAUAAAUUUUUAUUAUAUUAUCUCGCCAUAUACUUGUAUCCUUCUCGCAGUCGUUGUUCGUUUUUUCAAUAUUACCAUGUUGAACAGCGCAAGUCACUUUGUUGAUAUGAAUAUCUUUGCGCAAACCGAAACACUUCUAAAAGCUAAUCUAAAAUCUGUGGAACCGUUCGACAUGUAAACAUGUAAAAGAGUAUGUGCAAAUAUGCGAAAAAGUCGAGGCACGACCUUAUCUGAAGAAUAAAUUUCGAUAUUUGUCUGA